AUGAUGCUUUUGGUGGCGAAAAUUUGGAUUGUGAGUUUAAAGGAACAUCGAAAUUCUCUUUUGUCCCUUUAAAAUUACAUAGUUUUCUUCAAACAAGCCUUAUGCACCUUUAAAUUCAUGUUAAGACCUUCAUGUCCCUUUAAAAUCACUAGAAACAUCAAUUGAAGGUGAAAAACAGGUGUUUUGGCCAAAAUUCAACCAAUUUUUCACAGAUAAUCGAUAUCACAAUCACCCUAAUCUUCCUGCUCCUUGUUUUCAUAGCCGGCUCAUUUUUCGAGCUAGAAGUCGAUGAAAGUUAUAGCUCCCAAGACGAAUAUGUUCGAGACACUGUCACCAUGUUUUCCGUGUUCUUAUACAUCAAUUUUUUGCAGUAUUUUUUGCUGAAUCGAGCCAGGCAUUUUGCAAAACAUCCGGAAUUGUAUUCGGGAGAGGCUACUGAGAAUGAAAAUGUUGUGGAAAAUGAGAAAUGA